GACCGGGAUCGGAACCGCGAUCGGAACCGCGAUCGGGAUCGGGACCGGGACCGGGAUCGGAACCGCGACCGGGAUCGGGACCGGGACGAGCGGCGGCGAGGCCGCGCCCAAGCCACGCCCACAGCGCCAAACUUGGAUUAAUACCACGCCCACUCUCCUAGCCACGCCCCACACCGUGCGCAAAUCCACGCCCCUAAUUAACCUGAAAACCACGCCCCUAACUAAAUAAGUCGUGCCCGUUAUGGUCAAGCCUCGCCUCUUUAUGGCCUUCUAGCCACGCCCCUCUCUCCCAUUGGCUGAGCCCUGCGCCUCGGCCAGGCCCCGCCCUUCCCCUCCCGGCACCCCCGGCAGUUCCAACAUGGCGGCGCCGCUGUCGCGGCGGGGCCGGGCCCGGUAGUUCCCGGUAGCUCCCGGAAGAUCGCGGGGGUUCCUGGGGCUUUCCCGCCGAUCCCGGCGCCCCGAUGGGGCCCGGCGCCCUCGCGGUGCUGCUGGCGGUGCUGAGCGCCGUACCGGCCUGGCUGCGCCCGGCGGCGGCGGCGGCGGCGGCGAGCGAGGAGCGGCCCGCGAGCCCCGCGGUGGCCACGCCGUGCUGGCGGGUGGAGCAGUUCGUGGUUGCCCAGGAGUGCGCGCGGUGCUCCGGCUUCGAGAUGAAAACGAUCCCGGCCUGCGGCCCCACCGGCUUCAUCGAGAAGAUCAACUGCGCCUCGUCCCACCGGGAUGAGUACAAGAGCUGCCGCUCGGCCGCGCUGGAGUCGCGGCGCUUCUGGCGCUUCGUGGGCUCCGCUCUGGGCGUGGCGGCGGCGGCGGCGGCGCUCGUGGUGCUGCGGCAGCGCGUGCUGGACCGGCGGGCGCUGGAGAAGGUCCGCAAACAGAUCGAGUCCAUCUAGCCAGAGGCUCCCGAGGGCUGGGAGCCGGGAAUUGCGAGGAGAGGCAGCCCCUGCCCCGCUGCCCGGAGCUGGAGUCCCGCUGGGAUGUGCCUUGGGAGAGCAGCCAGGGCGUGGCCCGGGGCGGGAUGUGGAAUUAAUCCCAGCAGUGACGCUGGGUUCGUCCCUUGGGGGGAAUUCCCAGCACUUGGAUCCCCUCCCAGCACUGGGAUCUGCUCUGGGAUCAUCCUGGGCAUCCUCCAGGAGAGGGAUGUGGAAUAAAUCCUGCUCGUCGUUCCU